UGUAGAUUAGAACGUAUAUUUAUACCCGAGUGACAUUAUGUUCGGUCAAGUUACAUACUAAACAUCAGUUUUAAAAUGAAAGUGACCAUAUAUUUGGUAACCGUGCUAUAUUUCAAUCUAUGUACUUGCGAGGAGGAUUGUACAAGUAAUUUCAUGAAUUUAUCCAUCUAUCUUAAUUCAAUCCAUCAUGCUCACAGAACACAUAAGGUUGAAAACCAUGACGAGAUACAAAUAUAUCUUCUAUGGUCUAAUGAUACACAACACAAUGCCAGGAACGAGAAAUUUACAGUAAUCGCCCAUCACCUCGGCUUUGACGUCAAAAAAGUCGAUGAAUUUUGCUCGGAUGGUUUGGAAGCUACGAGAAUUGUCGCGAAGUAUCUUAAAAAUGUAAUUAAUUUAAAAGUAAACAUAACUGACAAAAUGAAUCUUCAUGAUGAUGGUGAUAGCUUGGUGACGUCAGUCAUCGUCGGCCUUACAGACCACAGGAAAGAAGAAAAAGACUCAGAUGGCGUUAUUAACAUUGGCUUACCAUUUUCCGAAGAAUGUCGAAGAACUGACCAUGGUUGUAUCAAAGUUUGUAAAAGUGGACACAAUAAAACAAUAGAUGGAAUAGAAUACGAAACAUGCACAGUAACCGUAGAAAGUAUGAACACUUUUACAAUAGUAAUUAGCAAUCGCAUUCAACGAUACAAAGUACUUUACGAGAUUCUACAACAAUUUGAUGAAAAUUACAAUGAAUCUAGUUAUCCGAACUGGAGUGAAGUGAUAAAGACAAAAAACAGGAAUAUAUUACUUUGUACUGAUGAGAAAGUGGAUGAUACGCAGAUUAUUGUUAAAGAUUGUACUAAAAUUGGCGAUUAUACUGAGAUGGGUAUAGAAGCUGCUCUUGUACCUAAACCACUUCAAGAAGAGACAGUUACAAAUCUAACAGUACUGUUUUACGAUAUACCGUACCUGUUACCAGAACAUACUGUUAUGUAUCCGAAUUCGUUUACCCUGUUUAACAAUUAUAACAGUUUACUGAAGUAUGCACUGCUGAACUUUAUAAAGAGGCAACACUGGAAUCGAAUAGCAAUAAUAUCAGAUGACUCGCCUUACAGUGAUUCUUUUGAAGAAGAAUUGGUUGCACUGUUUCGAGAAAAAGGAGUUGUCUAUUCUCUAAAGCAAUGUUUGGGAAUAACUUGCGACUUUAAGAAGGCUCUUCAGGAACUAAAGAAAGAACAAGCUUUUAUUAUAAUAGCCAACGUAGGCGAACGAUAUGCAAAGAAACUAGUAGAAAAUGCAUCCAAACUUGGUAUGACUGCAAAAGCCAGAAUAAUGUGGAUAUGGCGAGGUUGGCCUUUUCGGGGGCAAUCGGAGGUACUAAAGAAUAUAGGAGAAGUAUUCUCGUUAAACGUAAUGCCGGACCACAGAAUAAAGAAGAUCAAUGAUCUUUACACAAACAAAAUUAACGCUGGCAUCGAAAUCAUAAAAGGAACACUUCAAAACAUUUACAGAAAUAAUUAUAAAAUACCCAGGAAUAUCGCUGAGCAGCUAAAAAUCGACCUGAACAACCAGCCAGUAGUUGUGAAACUGAUAAAAGUUACUCCACAUGGGCCAAAGAAACUGGAAACAAGAGAAAUCUUCUCUUCACAUAAUGGUAGCAUUAAGAUGUAUGCUACAGUCAACUACUUGGAUCUGGCUGAAUCGUGUAAUGCUAGAAGUUACAGUUUCAGCUCCCCCUGUGAAGAUUCUUAUCCACUAAUCAUACUUCUGGUGAUAGGAAUCCUUCUUUUGACGUUGAUAGCCAUAUUCCUAAUAUUUCAGAAAUACACUAACGGGCUGCGAACCUACCGCAGUCUGUCUUGAAUUAAUCCUGGGUAAUUUUAUAUUGCAACGGAACCUAGUAGGCUUACAAAUAAGGACUAUAAGAUUAUGACGAAGUACCAAUGGGAAAUGUGAACAAUGAAUAAAAUAUAACAGUUACAUAGCCACACAGAAUAUAAUAAGCUUCUUUAAUGAUUUGGUCAAUACUGUUAUUAAUAUAUCUAUAUACUAUUACGUAAAUUAUAUUUAUUAUAAUUACUAACUACUUAAAACUGCGCAAUAAAAUAUAUUGAGUAU